UUUGGGACCAAAAAAAGAAAGAAAGGAAAAAAUUGAAAGAAAAGAAGAAGAUAAAAGGAAGAGAAUCAAGAGGAUGGAGUGUAGAAGUCAUCGACCAUAGUCGGAGUGCAGUCGUUAUACUGGUAAUUUAGAAAAUUACGGCCAAUCCAAGCGCGCCACAUCUACUCUCUCCCUCUGAUCCAACUCCGCUCUACAGCUGUAUCCUGUCAUCCACCAACUCAACCGCAACGCCAACUCGCCGACAAAAAAACCCAAACCAAACCAAACCAAAUUUGUUAAAUUUCUUCUUCUUCAUCAUCCAAAAAUCAAAGAUCCAAUUCCUCCACUUCCACCUCCUCCCAAUGGUUGUGGCGGUGGUGGUGGUGGUGGUACUGGUAUGACCUAGGCCGCCUAGGGUUUCUUCUUUUCUCUUUUUUCUCUCUACUCCUUCCAUGGCGACGGCUCAGGCGGCGACUACCAGCUGGAAGGACUCUUAUAAGGCCAUGUCCUCCGACAACAUCAAAGGAUUGGUUCUUGCUAUCUCUUCCAGCUUGUUCAUCGGCGCCAGCUUCAUUGUCAAGAAGAAGGGCUUGAAGAAGGCGGGCGCUUCUGGAAUCAGGGCCGGAGUUGGAGGAUAUUCUUACUUAUACGAGCCGCUUUGGUGGGUGGGCAUGAUAACAAUGAUUGUUGGGGAAAUUGCCAAUUUUGCGGCUUAUGCAUUUGCACCUGCUAUACUGGUAACUCCUCUCGGUGCCCUCAGCAUUAUUAUCAGUGCUGCGCUUGCACAUAUUAUUUUACGGGAAAAGCUACAUAUUUUUGGAGUACUUGGUUGCAUUCUUUGUGUUGUGGGUUCUACAACAAUUGUUUUGCAUGCUCCUCAAGAACGUGAGAUUGAAUCUGUGAAAGAAGUUUGGGAUCUUGCCAUGGAGCCAGCUUUCCUCUGGUAUGCAGCAUUAGUCAUAACUGCUGUAUUUGUACUCAUAUUCCAUUUUAUCCCCCAAUAUGGCCAUACACAUAUCAUGGUUUACAUUGGAGUAUGUUCCCUUGUAGGUUCUUUGUCGGUCAUGAGUGUUAAAGCACUUGGCAUUGCUUUGAAGUUGACAUUGUCUGGAAUGAAUCAACUAAUAUAUCCCCAAACUUGGGCCUUCACUAUUGUUGUAAUUACGUGUGUGCUUACCCAAAUGAAUUAUUUGAACAAGGCACUUGAUACUUUCAACACAGCUGUUGUUUCUCCUAUAUACUACGUUAUGUUCACAUCGCUAACUAUUUUGGCCAGUGUUAUCAUGUUUAAGGAUUGGGAUAGGCAGAGUCCAACCCAGGUAGUGACAGAAAUGUGUGGGUUUGUGACUAUACUCUCGGGAACAUUUCUUCUUCACAAAACGAAAGAUAUGGCUGAUGGUUCAACAACUUCUCUACCCAUUCGACUCCCUAAGCAUACAGAAGGGGAUGGUUUUAUUGGUGCCGAAGGCAUCCCUCUUAGACGACAGGAAUCCCUGAGAUCACCAUGAUGUGUUCUUUAGCUUACUCUGUGAUUUUCACAAACUGGCAUGUUUUAAUGGGGAAGGACCUUUGCAAACGCCAACUUGUGCUCUUAUCUUGCCCCAUGACCCAGAAAAAGAUGGGUGAGAGUGAUUUUCUGUUUCAAUCCCUUUUUGUUUUCUCCCUUUUGGCUUUACAGUUACCACAAUCAGCUUUGACCAUGUAUACUCUAUUCCACCGGCUCCACACAAAGAAAAGAGACACCGGGAAAAAUGUAAUUUUGUGCACAUUGGUUUAUACAUAUUGUAUUUUCAGUCUGAAAGAUGUUAUCUGCAACAACAGUUGCUCAAAAGGAUUAUGGUUCAUGCUUUGUCAAACACAGCCCAUUGCAUUGUAGUUGAGAACGUUUGUUUAUUAUUAUAAUUCGUUUAUUAAUAUUGAGUUUGAGAAGAAAAAAUAAAAUGUGAAAAAAUUAUGGAUUCUCGCA